UGGGAGCAUUUUGGGGGGGUCAAAAAUCCUCAGCACCGAGAGCAUCGCUGAAAUCGGGGCGUUACCCAUGAAUUGUUGUGAAAACCUGCCGGGUUUUUUUUAAGGAAACGUCGCAUUUCUAGGAAAAGGUGCUCUGCUGGAUCUGUGGGAAGCAAAGGGGGGAGGGUGAUGAGUGAGAGCUUCGUCAGAGCUUCCUCUGCCUGUGGAAAACGGGAUUUCCUUUCCAUCAGCCUUGGAUAACAAAUAUACAUCUCGGAGAAAAUAACCCCGGUGGUGGGUCGUUAGGGAGAGGUGAGAAGGAGGAACUGAAAACACUUCCCGAACCGCUCUCAGGCUCCCUGAGGGAAGCGCCAGGGAGAGGUUUAUUCCCUCUCCCGAAUAUCUCAGCUCCCGAUCUGUAAAUAAAUCCGGGAUGGCUUCCGUGGGGAAGGAGCAUCGGUGUUAUCUGGGAGCGGCGCCGCCGGGUUUUGUCGCUCCUUUAUCCGGCCCAGACACCCCUUUGGGCAGAUAUUCACGAGCUCGGCCCCAGGGUGGUUCUCCCGCGCUCCGGCAGCUUUUCCCGGGAUAUCCAGGGGGUCGCUGGAAGAGAGCAAGAGGCGCCGGGGUCAGCGGUCCCCAAAUCCGAUCAGUCCCGCCGUCUGCUCCCGCCCUUGGAGCCGCGCCACUAAUCACCUUAUGCCCUGCGUCCCGCCUUCGGGGACAUCGCCCGCGUCACCUGGAGGACCCGGGGGACCCACAUGGCCGAGGCCAAGCCCGGCGAGAAGAAGUUCUCCGUGGAUUUCCUGCCCGGCUUCCGCGAGCGGCUCCUCAUCCACCCCAACAACCUCUCCCUGGAGAUCCGAGGGCUGAGGCUGGAGGACAGCGGGAGCUACGAGGUGGUUGUGGACACCUCGUCUGACCCCACCGCCCCAAAGACCCUCCACUACCGUCUGUGGGUUCGUGGUGACCCCUCCAGGCCCGGUGACACCGCAGGACACGGUGGCAGCACCGUCACAGGACACGGUGGCAGCACCACCACACCCCGAGGGGUGACCGAGCCACGGGCUGGAGACCCCACAAGGCAGGCCACGGAUUGGGGGCAGCCCCCCGAGGGCAGAGGGGGGCCGGGGACGUGCGGGGGGUGGGGACACUACUGUGAGCUCAAGGGCUACCUCGUGGCCGCCAUCCUGGGGCCGCUGCUGGUGCUGGUGGUCACCGUCCACCUGGUGACCAGGGACAAGGCCACCGAGCCGGGGGAUGAGCUCUCAGCAGGGUCCGAGUCCCCUGGCACUGCCAUCCCACUGGGAUCGUCCCCAUGGCAACGGUGAGCCCCUGUUUGUGCUCUGGUGCCUCAGUGUCCCCAUCCAGGGAAAGCCAAGGUUGUCCCCAAAAAAAACAGCCCCUCUGGGAUAGGAAGUGCAGGACACGAGGCAGGGAUGUCACAAGCGAUGCCACUUCCUCCCAGAGGCCACCAGAGCUGCCACCUCCCAGGUCCUGGCAGGACCCAAACACAUCCUGGCACAGCCCCUCCCCUCACACACACAAAAUCCAGGGAUCCCGGGGCAUCACCAGGCUCAUCUUCCCAACCCCAAAUCCACCAUGAGAUAACCCAGAGUGCCAUAAAACCUCCCCCAGUUUAUGAUCAGUGAAUUAUUUACUGGUGACCCUGAGCAGACGCUGCGCAGCAUAAAUUAUUGAGUGGCAGAUCUGUCAAAAAGUUCUCAUAAAUAAGUUAUCCGGUGCCGUCCUUAAUGUUCCCAGUAAAUUACUCAU